UAGGUUAGGUAAACUCCUUUUUAUUCUAUAAAUAUCUAAGUUCAAAUAAUUUUCUUCUCAAAUAAUUAGAAGAAUAAUAUAAAACUUUAGGAUAUCUCUUAGAAAAAUGGCUAAUCAAAAUGGUGGCACACUUUCAUUUAGUCAAAUGGAUUCACUUAGUGCUAUUUGUGACACUUUCUUGCCAUCCAUUGAUGCUAAUUCUCUUCAUUAUGAAAAAAAUAUGGAUGACAAUGUCAUCAAAUUCCUUCACACUUCUGCUUCCAUGAAUCGCACUCCUCAACAUCUUGCAUGGAUGAUGAGUGAAAGAAUACAACACCCAAAGUUAAACUUAUGCAAAUUAGCUCUAUGGUUAUUAUCAACAAGGAUAGGAACUUUAAUACUUUGUGGUAAGGCAAGUUUGUCAAGCCAAUUUCCAUAUUUACAAAACUUCUCUAGGGUUUCACCAAACAAAAGAGAAGAAAUAGUUCAAUCAUGGUCAUGUAGCAACAUCAAACUCAUCAAGCUUCUAUUUGUUGCCUUGAAAGUUCUAACUCUCCUUGUAUUCUUCACUCAGGUGGAUGAAAAAAAUCAGAACCCAUCAUGGAAGGCAAUAGGUUACUGUGGACAAGAUCCAGAAUUCAAGACACAAAAAGAAGAAAAAUUAAACAGUAAACCCGAAAAGCUUUCGGACAAAGACGAAGAAGAGUUAUAUGGACCACUUUACAAAGGAAUCAUUACCCUAAAACAACCAAAGAAAGCCUUCUUCAAUAAGCUCCAAAAACUAGGGUUUUCUAUCUCAAGACCAAAUUUAAAAAAGAGAUAUUCAUCAUCAAUUUGUCCCUCUUUCAUCAUUGAAUGUGAUGCGGUGGUAGUUGGUUCGGGCUCUGGGGGUGGAGUUAUAGCCGGUGUUCUGGCAAAAGCCGGACACAAAGUGCUUGUCUUAGAAAAAGGAAGUUACCUAGCUCGAACAAAUCUUUCCCUUCUUGAAGGAUCUUCGAUGGAUCAAAUGUUCCUAGGUCAUGGCCUUGUAAUAACCAAAGAUAUGAAUGCACUUCUCCUAGCCGGUUCCACAGUUGGUGGUGGCUCAACGAUCAAUUGGUCAGCCUCAAUUGACACCCCAUCACACGUCCUAAAAGAUUGGUCAAACAUCUAUGAAUUGGAAAUGUUUCAAAGCGAGUUCUACAAGGAGGCAUUGAGUAUUGUUCGCGAAAAAAUGGGAGUGCAAGAUAGGGUUGAUGAAGAAGGUUUUCAAAACAUGAUUUUGAGAAAAGGGUGUGAAGAAUUAGGGUAUCCUCUUGAAAAUAUACCAAGAAAUGCACCCCCAAAUCAUUAUUGUGGAUGGUGUAAUAUGGGAUGUAAAGAUGGUAGUAAAAAGGGGACAAAUGAGACAUAUUUAGUUGAUUUAGUGAAAUCAAGCAAUGGUGCAAUAAUUCAAGAAUGUGAAGCCCUAGAGGUAAUCCAUGAACAACAAAUUAAUUAUGAAAAAUGUACAACAAGUAAAGCUAUUGGAGUUACUUGUGAAUUUCAAUAUGAAGGGGUGAAAGAAAUUUUCAUGGUGAAAUCCAAAGCCACAAUUGUAGCAUGUGGUGCACUCAGCACCCCUUCAUUACUCAAAAAAAGUGGUUUAAAAAAUCCUAAAAUUGGCAAAAACCUACACAUCCACCCCGUUGUUUGCGCGUGGGGACACUUUCCAGAUAAAGACGGUACUGACAGCGUGAAGAAUUCUCAGGUAUGGCCGGAGCCAGAUAAAAAGAGCUAUGAAGGAGGAAUAAUGUCAGUAAUGUCUAAAGUUGUUGCGAAUUUCGAGGAAUCGGGCUAUGGUACAGUGAUACAAACACCAGCAUUGCACCCUGGCAUGUUCUCAUUAGUAAUGCCAUGGAUUUCAGGCCUUGAUAUAAAGAUGAGAAUGUGCAAAUUUUCAAGAACUGCACACAUAUUUGCUUUGGCUAGAGAUAAGGGCUCAGGAGAAGCAGUUUCACCAUAUUCAAUAUCAUACAAAAUGGAUCCAAUUGAUGAAGAAAAUCUUAAGGUAGGUCUAGAGAAGCUAUUAAGAAUCUUAGCAGCUGCUGGAGCAGAAGAAAUUGGAACUCACCAUACAACAGGAAGGACAUUGAAAGUAAAAGAAUCAAGUGUUGAUGAAUUUGAGUGUUUUGUGAAAGAAGAAAGUUCAAGAGAAUUCAAAAAUCUCUCAAUGCCAAUAUGUUCAGCACAUCAAAUGGGAAGUUGUAGAAUGGGAAUUGAUCCAAAAAUGUCAGUGGUAAAUCCUAAAGGGGAAACAUGGGAAAUAGAAGAUUUAUUUAUUGGUGAUACAAGUGUUUUUCCAACUGCACUUGGUGUAAAUCCAAUGGUUACUGUCCAAGCUAUUGCUUAUUGCAUAGCACAAAAUGUGCUGCAAGUUCUUAAGGCUAAGAAGAUGAAUUAAUGGGAAAUUGGAAAUUAAUGGAUUGAGGAUAAUGAAUUGUUACCUAUUGUAUUGUAUUGUAUUGGUAUUCGAGAUAAGUAUACCUUUUGAAUUAUGGUGAAAUUUGCUACAACACACUCCAACUUCAUAGAGGUCCUAUUACCCCUCUGAACUAAAUUUGAGCGUAUUUUUGUCACCCUUUUGUGCUGACGUGGCACCUUUAUUACAUAAAAAUGGGGCUCACGUCAAAGGUAUCACGUCAUCUAAAAAGGUAUCACGUCAGCUGAAAAGGUUGACAAAAAUACGCUCAAAUUUAGUUCAGAGAGGUAAUAGGACCUACAUGAAGUUGGAGUGUGUUGUAACAAAUUUGGUCAUAGUUCAAGGGUAUUAGAUGCUUUUCUCUUGGUAUUAUAUAAAUAAUACAAUGUUGUUUUGGUUGUUACUUAUAUUUUAGUAUUGUAUUGUAUUGUUAAAUUAUAUAUUGUGUAAUGAUGAAAUGUGUUAUUUUAUGUAACGAUCAAUUUGGCA